UAACUCAAAAAGCAUAAACUUUUUUGUAGAUAUUGUGAUAAGAUGUUUCAAAGGUAUUUAAAUUUCCUAAAAAAUUAAAGAAGUUUAAUCGAAAUCAAAGCACUAUUAGUAGAGAUAUCGUGAUUUUAAUAUAUUUUUACUUUCACUUACGUAUAUAUGUAAUAUAUAGUAAGGGUAAGUAUUGCGAUCUAGAAAUUUUUUUUAUUGUAGUAUGUAUUUUGGCCAGAUGGUAUGUUAAUUUUUAUCCACAAAAUAGUCAUUCUUAAGAGACUUUGUCCCAGAAUAAAGUUGAUUCUUCUAAUCUAUUCUAUAGAGGCAAUACAGUUUUCAAGAGCAAAGCCAUCACCCUUUUCGAUAUUUUUUUCGUCGAGGGAUUUGAACUAGGCUCCCAACUCCCUAGAUUAUUCUUAUUUCCUGUAGCGGAGGUUUGAGUUACAGCUGAGAGAGAUGCAACACGCCAUAAAUCUGGCGCGCGUAUUGCAUUAUCCCGCGCGCGGCAACGGCGCAUGAACGGCGGGAGAUUGCUCAUUGCCUGUUGGGCCAGCUGUGGGGGAGCACCUUGCGCUGUCAGAUCCAGUCUAUGACGUCUAUCUCCAGGGUCCGGACGCCGGCGAUGGGGCCCGGAGAGGAUGGUUAGUGCUGCGGUGGCGGUGCUGCUGCUCGGGCUGGCUACGGGCACCGUGCGGCACCAUUGGCACCACUGGCACCACUUCCGCUACAACGGUUCGCGCAGCUUCCGCUCGCCGAUGGAAGAGAUGCUGCCACCCUGGGAGGAGAGGAUUGCCUGGCCGGUGAAGCGGGAGGCGAUCGUGGAAGGCGACGUGGUCCUGGGCGGGCUGAUGAUGGUGCACGAACGGGAGGACACGCGCACGUGCGGCCCCGUCAUGCCGCAGGGCGGGAUACAGGCCGUAGAGACGAUGCUCUACACUCUGGACAAGAUCAACGCCAUGAGAUUGCCCUUUACCAUCGGCGCGCACAUCCUGGACGACUGCGAUAAGGAUACCUAUGGUCUUGAGAUGGCGGUGGACUUCAUUAAAGAGAACGAGUAUGAGAGACCUCAGGAAACUCAUUUAUUGAAGAGUGUGGCUUGUAAAAUGGAAAGUGGAGUGUACCACGCGAAUAUAUCGUGCCAAGGUGUUCAUACCAUCACCAACAGGGCCACUCCAUCCGACCCAACGCUUCUUAAAAGGCCCAAUUAUCUUUUCAAUUAUAAAAUUUUCUAUCUCUAUGUUCACCUACAGGAAAAACCAUAAUUUACUUAAGAUCUAUACUAAUAUACAG